AUGGCUACCGAACAGCCAGAGACCGUUUCGCAGGUGCCUGAACAGCCCACAAAGCUAGCAAAGCUGCCACCUAUACCAAAAGGGGCUACCGUCCGAAGACGUCCCAUCCCCACGCGCACACCCUCCACACGCGCCUCGAGACGCAUCUACAUAACUCCCAAAACGCCCUUCCGCUCCGUAACAGCGCGCGUGCGCAAACAACUCGACAAGAAUCUACGCGAAGCAUCAGCAUCCAAUAGAGCCUUCACCAACAGGCUCGCCAGCAAUAAGAACGCAUCCUUGGACGAGCGUAUCCGUGCUAUCCAGCGACAGUCUGCCUCGAAAAAUAGCGGCAGCGGGAUCGGGCUCGAAGACUCGGGCGAAGUCGUGGUGCUGGGUACGGGGCGCGCUAUCCAGAAGGUCGUUGAGGUCGCCAUGUUCUUCCAGAAGCAGCAGGAUUGUAUUGUGCAGUUGAAGACCGGGAGCGUGGGCGCUGUGGAUGAUGUUGUGUUGGAGGGGGAGGAGGAGUGGGGGGGUGAGGGAGAGGAGAGGACCAGGAUGAUGAGUUCUCUUGAGGCGUCUAUCAAGUUGAGGUGA